UUAUUGCUUUCAAUAAUUAAAAGUAUUGUUGGCAAUGUGAUAUCACUUUGUUAAUUGCAUAUGUUUCAGUUUUUUGACUACUUUUGUAUGAUUUAGGUUCUUGAUGCCAGUCUUUUGCUUGUUUAUAUCUUUUUGGAUAGUCGAAAUCCAUUAUAGGUUUUGGCCAUGCCAUUAAAUGAAUUUUGAUACAGGUUAGGGCAGGUUGAGAAGGCCAGGAGCCACCUUUGUUUGCCUGGGCAGCAGCCUGAUCAAAAUGAGUUGCACAAGUUACAGGCAGUAGAGAAGCAUCUUAGCAAAUGCACAGAUGCUCGGAAAGUUCGUGAUUGGAAGAGUGUGCUAAGGGAAGGUGAAGCAGCCAUUGCUGCUGGAGCUGACUUUUCUCCUCAGCUCCUUAUGUGUAGAGCAGAAGCACUUUUGAAACUCCACCAACUUGAAGAUGCUGAAUCAAGCCUAUCAAACAUUCCCAAAUUGGAAACACCUACUGUCUCUUGCUCACAGACUCCGUUUUUUGGAAUGCUCUCUGAAGCUUAUCCCUUCUUUGUCCGAGCUCAGAUUGAAAUGGCAUUGGGAAGGUUUGAGAAUGCAGUUACAGCUGCCGAGAAAGCUGGGAAAAUUGAUCCUCGGAAUGUUGAAGUUGCGGUACUGCUAAACAAUGUCAAGUUUGUGGCAAGAGCUCGUGCCCGUGGCAAUGAUCUCUUCAAAUCUGAAAGGUUCACUGAAGCCUGUGCAGCUUACGAAGAAGGCCUCAAGCUUGAUCCAUCAAACUCUGUUCUCUAUUGCAACAGAGCAGCUUGUUGGUUCAUGCUGGGGCUUUGGGAGCGAUCUGUUGAAGACUGCAACCAAGCUUUGCGUAUUCAACCCAAUUAUACCAAAGCUCUUCUUCGGAGAGCUGCCUCAAACAGCAAGCUAGAAAGGUGGGCUGAUGCUGUGAGAGAUUAUGAGGUUUUAAGAAGGGAACUUCCAGAUGACAACAAAGUUGCUGAGUCCCUAUUUCAUGUGCAAGUUGCAUUGAAGAAAUCUCGUGGUGAAGAAGUUUACAAUAUGAAAUUUGGUGGUGAAGUAGAGGAAGUUUCAGGUCUUGAGCAGUUCAGAGCUGCAGUAUCUUUACCCGGUGUAUCUGUUGUCCAUUUCAAAUCGGCAUCUAACUCACAAUGCAAACAAAUAUCUCCAUUUGUGGAUACAUUAUGCGGCCGCUACCCUUCGAUAAAUUUUCUUAAGGUGGACAUUGAUGAGAGUCCGGCAGUUGCAAAUGCUGAGAAUGUGAGGAUUGUACCAACGUUCAAGAUAUACAAAAAAGGUAGCCGGGUGAAGGAAAUUGUCUGCCCUAGUCGUGAUAUGUUGGAACACUCGGUGAGGCAUUACAGCUUUUAGAACUCAAAGACUAUAUAUUGUACUUCUGUCAAUUUUAGAUUUCUUCUUGCUGCCCAACCUCCCAAUUCGAUGGGAAUACACUCUUCCACUGCCGUCCCAGCUUCCACCAUAAAACGAUUACUAGACAACUGUGACAUAAAUCAGAACCACAUAAUAAUCUCAUUAGCCAAUGGAACCCAGAGAGGUAGCUUAGCCCCUUUUGCAGUUUUUAUUUAUUCAUUCAUUUCUCAUUGUCCUGUGGUUCCAUUUUCUUCCUGCCCAUUUCCUUUUGUCAUUUUCCCUUUUUUUUUUUUCUAUUUGGAACUCCUUUUCCAUUUUCUUUGUAGGUCAGCCUGGUUCUUGUAUCCCCACUUCCGUUGAGAGGAAAAAAAAUAAAAAAAAUUCAGAGGUAUGUACAAUUUGAUUAAAUCUGGUCCCUUAGCCACAUUUUAGAGAGAGUAAGAACUAGCAGGCUGUUAGAAGAGAGGAUCUGACGAUCUGUACAUGUAUAUAUGUGAUGAUAUAUACAACAAAUUGGAAGCCCUGAGGGAGAUUGGAUGUCUGGUGGGUACUUAGUUUACUGGGUUAGUGGAAAGAAGGAUGAAGAAUAUGUUGUUAUUAAUACUGUUGUUUUUUACCCCCAAUCAUUUCAUCAAUAAAAAAAAGAUCCCAUUUUUUC